GACCGUCUCCCCACAGCCCAUGCUGACUGGACUGGGGCCAUGAGUUCCUCUGACAAGGUGUCAUUUUUGGAGGCCGGUUUCAGCCCAGAGGGUGGUGAACAGGCUGGCGCCCUCAUUGCAAGCUCGGGAGCACCACUGGGCCACGGCCACGUCCACAGCCUUCAUUUGGGGGUGCUGCGAAGCAGUAAGUGCAAGAGCGAGGGCGAGGGUGGGUUUGCAGACCCGGGGGGCUUCAGUGUGGAGUCAGACAGCGAACUGAUAGAGCAGGGAAGGGUGGUGCUCUGGGGCCGGGAAGCUCUGCCUGGCACCCCGGUCGACGACCAAGGGGACAGUGUGGACUACUCGUCCUACCUGGCCGAGGAGCCAGCCGCCAUCGUGCCGCCCACCAGCGUCCAGGGACACCCGUCCCCAGAAGGCGCCGCUGCCAAAGGGUCCGCUGACAACUGGGCGGGACUGGAGGUCGGUCCCAGUGAGAGAGGCACGCUGGGCCCCAGUCCUGGAAAAAGGCAUCAUGCCUCCGCCGGCCCUCUCCACGUCACUGGUCCCGGGGCAGGCCUGGCCUGGCAACACCUGCAAAGGGGCUCCAAGAGCAGAUGGAGAGUCCGCGUGGAUCCCCAGCAGCCCUCCGCGAAAGGCCCCGCCGUGCUGUCUGUGGAAGAUGAUUCCACAGAUGAGAGCUGCGACUUGCGGACGAUGAGGGUGGGCAUUCGCAGCAACGGAGGGAGCCAGGCCAAGUCCCCGAGCCCCAAGAAAACAGCAGGCACACGGAGGCCCCGCCAGCAGAGUUUCCCGCCGGUGCCGGGCCCUUUCCUGACCUCUGCUCCACGCGGACUCACUCCACUUGUGGAGAGGCCGGCUGUGGGAGAGCUGGAGAACUCUCCCUGGAAGAAAAUGCAGAGCUGGGCCCUGGGAAAGGUGGAGGUCAGGCCCAGCUGCUCAGGAGCUGCCAUGGCAGGGGCCCUGCCCCGGGGCCCUCAGAGGAGGAAGAUGGCCCAGGAGAAGAAGUUUCAAGGAGGUGCCUCUCAACUGGCCCCUGGGAGAGCAUUUCCUAUCCGCCAAGAGAGCUCAGCCACUCCCCAGGAGCCGGCCACCUUCCCGACAUUCUCAGGUGUGCGGCCACAGGGGAUGUCCAAGAAACCCCAAAAGCCUAAGCACAGCAGCCCUGCCAGGAGGAAAGCCACAGGAAGUAGGACCAGGGAGUGCCAGGCUGCGGCCAGAGAGGAUAAUGACCCACAUAGAGAUGACAUGCCGGGGGCCCAAUUUCGCUCUCACAGGUUAGGGCUGUCUUGCCUGUCCAUGUGUCAUGGAGAAUUCAGCAGCGGCGACCCCGGCAUCAGAGCUCCCCAAAUUCCAGGAACUUCAGAGCCCUCGGCCUACAGCCUGGGAGGCCUCGGGACCAGACACCAUGCAACCUCCAGUGACCAGCAGCCACGUGUCCAUCCUCUGAGACCGGAAAGACAGCAGCCGCCCCCGGGAGCCCAGGGCUGUCCUCGGGAUGGAGCCAGCGUCUUCCUACAAGAUGUGCAGCUGCUAGCCCUGGAGCCCCUGAGCUGCAGCCAAGCUGGUUCCCUCCGAAUCCUCUUCAGCCAAGGCUUCCUCUCUUCCGCUACGUUUGCCCUUUUCCCACCGCAGUUCACAGCAGUUUCAAAUAAAGUCAUUCUCAUAUUCUGUGGUCUGUGGUCUGCCCUCUCUGCGAUUGUUGGGAGUGUUGGGGGGUGUGGGGUGUUGCUCCGUUCCCUGGCGCUGGAAGAACAGUUCCCCUGGAUCUCUGUGCAUCCUUGCUCUCCCCCGUGGCCUGAUGCAGGAGACCUUUCCUGCAUGGUUAUUUCUGUGCUGUUGAGGAACAGGACGGAGCUUAUCCUCCCCUCUCAGGGGCCCAGUCCUCCUUCUGGAGCCAUUCUGUCCCUCUGGUGCCACUGCGCGCACACAGGUCAUCUGGGCCAGGAACCCGCGCAGCAUCCUCAGUUCCUCUCUCGGCCAUCACCUUUGAACCUCAGUUACCAAAUCCCGUCAGGUCUCUUCCUCAGCUUCAGUAGCCAGGUGGAGGCAGAAGCCACAUCCCGGUGGGUGGCCAAGCAAAAGGGAAGGCACAGGGAGCUUGGAAGAAAAGGGCAGGGUAGUCUCUUGGUUGGAGGUGGGGACAAUGGUCUGUUCUGGAGCCUGCGGGCCAACCUGAUCCCUGGUGUCAUAUCAGCAGCCAACAGCGCCUUCUGCAGCCAGUUGGCUCCAUACCCUUGA